AUGGGCAUCUCCGGCUUCCUGUUCAUUUCCUGGCGCCUCUUUGAGAUGAUCACAUUAAUUCCCAUUGUCGGAAUGCUCUCGUGGUUCGUGCACGGCUACGUCGAAUCCAACCAACUCACGCCGACCCCAAUCCUCCUCCUCUUCAUCGUCUCCGUCCUAGCCCUAGCUUGGGUCUUCUUCACCUUGAUCGGCUACCUGCGCGCCCGCCACGACGCCUUCUUCGUCGCAGCCGUCGAUCUCGGAUUCUUCGCCGCCUUGAUCGCCGCCGUCGUCGUCCUUCGUGGAAUCGCAAAGGCAAAUUGCUCCAAUUUCGAGACGGMAGACAUCUACCUCGACCUGGGCGUCUUUGGACAAUAUGGUCGAGAAGGAAGUGGCAGUCGCUGGGGAUUGAACAUCAACAAGAACUGUGCGAUGCUGAAAGCAAGUUGGGCACUCGCCAUCAUCAACAUUAUCGCUUUCCUCGUGACCUUUUUCUUCGCCCUCCUAGUACACCGCAACCACCGCAACGACGAAAAGGUCAAAGUCGUDCGCGAAACCCGUGAGAUCCACCACUCUCGCCACGGACACCGUCGUUCGGCAAGCAGAGGAACUGGCAGAAGCAGAAGUCGCGGGGAUGAAUACAGAUCCAGCAGAGAUGGACGCAGGAGCAAUCAGCAGCGCUCAAGCAGCAGAAGGCAAUACUACGUUUAA